AUGUCCUACAGAAAGAUAUUUGGCAAAAAGAAAGAUAAGGAGCCCGAGGAGGGCGCACCCAGACCUCGACCUGAAGACGCCCAGAGCGUCAGUACAGCGGGCACAGCUGGCAGCAGUUAUAUGUCCUCGAUUUUUUCGCGGAAUACCAGAAAUACAUCGGGGACUGCUUCUACAUCCGCUUCAGCUGGCUCCACGGGCAGCGCCAGAAGCUAUCACAAGGAGGGAGCAGCUGCGGGACGAGUCAACGUGUUGGAGACUAUCAGCGAUGUGGCAGAUACGGUUGGAGUGGACGUGCCUCAACAGGUGAAAAGAGGACAGUUCGGUACAAGCGACAGAAACCACGGUAUUUCCGCCAGCCAGCCUAGUUUGUCUUCGCCAAAUGCUUACCUGGGCGCUGGAAGCCCUACAAACCUCUUCUCUGGAGCCCCUUCUAGUGGAGGAGCCUCUUCUCCUGUGUUUCCCUUCGCGGUGAAUGAGGUUCACAUGCGAGAAGUCCACGAAAGCUUGGCUCAGCUGAACGCUGAGUCCAGCGCGCUACUGCAACACAUAUUCAACGGUGUAUUUACUCCAGUUAUGGCGUCUACUGCCUUGCAGAGACUCAUGAGAGACUUUAUCAAUUUCACCGAAAUGGCCUCUGACGUGACUGUGCAACAGCUGGCACCCACCAUCAAGGUGGUACUCCAUCUGAGUGAUAACCUGCUUGGUCCCGAAGAUAUCCAGUCGAGAAAAUUACUGCUACGUACCCUGCAUGAACUGGGCCGUCGUAUCGGGGUCUUACCUCGACUCUCGGGCACCGUCAGCGAGCCUCGAAAUUUUGCUAUUGGCGAAAUGGCCUCCGAACUUGAAGCGUUGCCACAGGUUCUGCGAAUCAUGGACCAGAUUUGCACUGCCCAAAGCGAGGUGGCAGACCAAGACGGUGCCUUCAUUGCACCAGUUCUUCGUGGUCUUACACCCCAAUUCUCCGUCCUCACACUCUCUUUUGGAUACCCGCAGCCGGAGCAGUCUCACUACGAUAUGGUGUCUCAAUUAAGUACCUCGUCGCCACAAAGUGUCCAUCUUUACUGCCACAAAAACCAGAUUGCUGCUUGUGCAAACUUCAAGCCUCCCUAUAGAAUCCCCACGGACCCUCAGUCGCCACCCAUGUCUCUUUCCAUCGCAUCUAACGACGGUACGGCAUCAGGAACCCUCGGCGGAUUCAUCUACCCCAAAAUUAGCGCCAACGACCCUGCUCUGGCUGCCUACGCUCGUUCUACCUUUGCCAUGACCUGCGGUCAUGUCUGUCUCUCCGAGAAAACCGGGCAGAAUCCCCCUGUCUCAGCACCCUCCCCUGUGCUCAUCAACAUGUACCGUGCUGCUCUGAAGAAGGAACAGGUGAAAUACGCUCCAAACACGGCUGCAUACACACAGUUUCAGAAUGCUAUCGACGAGACCAAGGGUCCCAACACUUUGGGGUCUGUUGUUUGGGGUGAACGAGCUGUUGUCAACGGAGCCAUUUCCGAUGUGGCUAUCAUCAAGUGUGACACUGGUCUUACAUGCCGAAACACUCUGGGUGACGAUGUCGUCUUCACCGAGUAUGACCCUGCUCUUGUUUUUGGUAACCUCGAGGUUCGAUCGGUGGCCCAGAAGCUUGUUCCCGGAAUGAAUGUUUUCAAGUACGGCUCUACAUCAAGAUACACUAGGGGUGUAUACAACGGCCCCAAAAUUGUCUACUGGGCUGAGGGACGAAUUCAGAGCAGCGAAUUCGUGGUCACCACAGACUCAACUCCCAUGUUUGCUCUUGGAGGAGACAGUGGUGCCUGGCUUCUUCACAAGGUCGAGUCCGAGAACCCUUCGCUGAGUGUUAUGGGUAUGCUUCACUCUCACGAUGGAGAGGUCAAGCAGUUUGGACUCUUCUCACCCAUGAAUGUUAUCCUUGAUAGACUCGAGCAGGUUACUCAUGUCAAGUGGGGAGUGGUGGGAACUACCGACGACGAGGGGGAGGACCUCGCAGGGGGGAGUGACAGUGAUGCCAGCGAACACAACCACAGCGAUUAG